CCUUCCGGCUACUAGUUACUCUUCCAGGCCUCUCGGAACUGGCUGGGACGCCUGCUUCUUUUGCCUGUGGGCCCCAGCCUCCAGCCUCCCCGCUCAGGCUCGGCCAUGUUUCUGAACAAGUGUGAGGAGGAGCUGGAAGAGCUGCGGAAGAACGGAGACGGCUCUGGGGGGAGUCCCCUGGGGGCUCUGCCCGGCGAGGAGCCCCCGAAGAAAAAACACCGACGGAACCGCACCACCUUCACCACCUACCAGCUGCACGAGCUGGAGCGCGCUUUCGAGAAAUCCCACUACCCUGACGUCUACAGCCGCGAGGAGCUUGCUCUGAAGGUCAACCUGCCGGAGGUUCGGGUGCAGGUCUGGUUUCAGAACCGCCGGGCCAAAUGGCGAAGGCAGGAGAAGAUGGAGGCCAGCUCCACGAAGCUCCACGACACCCCCAUGUUGUCCUUCAGCCGACCCACCGUGGCUCCAAGCGUCGGCCCCGUGGGCGGCCCUCUCCCCCUGGAUCCCUGGUUGACGUCCCCCCUCUCCGGAGCUGCCGCCGUCCACGCCAUCCCAGGCUUCCUGGGGCCGGCUCAGGGCCUGCAGCCCCCCUAUAGCACCCAUUCUUUCCUCAGUGGCCCCCCGUCCAUGGCCCAGCCCCUGCAGCCUAUGGCCCCCACCUCCUACCAGUGUCCCCCCUCCACUUUUGUGGACAAGUUCCCUCUGGAAGAGGCAGAGCAGCGCAGCUCCAGCAUCGCCUCUUUGCGCAUGAAGGCCAAAGAGCACAUUCAGACGAUAGAUAAGACCUGGCAACCCAUCUGAAGGCCCCGACUCCCUCCCUUGCCCCUUGCUUCGAGGAAAGGGAAAUUCUAGGGAAGGGGCCCCGUCCAAUGCUUGCUUCGGGGGAAACCAGGGCACUGGAAUGGCGGGGGAGGGGCAAAGGGAGGCCACGAGGGCAGUUCUGGGGCAGCCAGGCAGGGCCCAACGAUGGGGAAAACCACCCCAAGCAGACAGUUCUCUCGAGGUGAAGAACGGGAGCGUUUUCCUCCUGGCCUGAGGAAGGGACUGGGAUUUCCCCAGGGGCUGAGGAGAGGAAAGAGGGGAAUGCCCCUUACCCACGGACUAAGCCUGCAGGCCUGAAGUCCCAGCUGGCAUGGGAUAAGCCGGUCCGGUUACAUUGGGCUCUCCGGCAUCGGUGCUAACUCCAUGGGGGAUAGGGGAGACAUGGUCCCCGUGGUUUGGGAGUGGGACUCCCAGCCUCACUCAUUCCAGGUCUCUGACGAGACCUGAACGUUUCCCAGAAAUGGCGACCUUCUGGCCAGUAAACUCUCCGAAGCCCUUCCCCUCCUAGUUCUUGCAGUCUCUCCCUGCCUCUCUUCCUCAAAUCACCGCCUCCUUUCACCCCCUGCAUUCCAAAGGAAACGCUGGCACGACGGCCCCACCGGUAUCCUGCUGGCGGUUCUCUUCCGUCACCUUCUUGAGCAGUUUAAUUGCUUGCAGGUUUCACUGGCCCAACUAGAGAGGCCUAGGGUAUCAGCGAGGGGGUCAAGAGGACCGUUUUCCUGGUGCUGUCGGUGCCGUGGAGGCUGUCAGCAUUUGACAC